CGUACAAGCGAAAAGCAGGCCUGUGUGGACGAGGCUUAGUAGACUGGUCACGGUGGUGGUGGCAGUGGUCCCAAUGUUAUUCAUUAUCCGGGAUUUGUUAUCCGGGUGUUAAGACGCAGAUGUCCGUCGACGAUCAGCCAAGGAUAUUGAAACGACAUGAGAUUGUUUACGACGAGGAGGACGAUUAUCUCGGUUCUGGAAGGUUCGGCGUCGUCUAUCGAUGUUGUUUGACGAACUCAAGUGAAGUAGUGGCUGUCAAAGUUUUGGCCACUCCGCACAGACUCAGAAAAAGUGACCUGGGGGAUUUUAUUCGUGAAGCAAAUAUACUGCAAGGUCUCACUGAUUGCCCGUAUGUGAUCCGUUUCUUGGGCUUGUGCAUCGACCCUGGACAUCACGCGAUUGUUAUGGAAUAUGUGGAGUAUGGGACUCUGGAAGAAAUGUUGUUUUCUGAGGAAAACAAUCACCCAAUUAUCAAACAAUGGGACUGUCGCAUUCGCAUGGCUCUAGAAAUUGCCAAAGGAAUGGACUAUUUACACAGUCUGCCAACACCGAUUAUUCACAGAGAUUUGAAGACAGCGAAUGUGUUAGUGGGUAACAACUACAGCUGUAAAAUCAUUGAUUUUGGGCUGGCAAAAUUACGAGAUAUUUCAACACAAACGUCAACAGGCAACGCGAAAGGAACAGUAGCAUUUAUUGCACCUGAAGUAUUUGAUGGAACAGUCAAGAAGGGGAAGGAAAUGAAACUCGAUGUUUACUCAUAUGCAAUUGUUCUUUGGCAGCUGAAAGAAAUGAGUAAACUUUAUGUUGAUCUUCCUUUUGACGUCAUACGAGUAAAUGUUUUGGCUGGCCAGAGACCUGUACUGCGUGAUGAUGACUGUAUACAGGGAUAUAAAGACAUUAUUGUACGUUGCUGGGAUGGUCAACCUGACUGCAGGCUAUACUUUAGAGAGAUUGUCACUAUGUUGGAUGGAAUUAUGAGUCAAAUGGCUGUUCGACAUUCUGCGAGUGCGAACCAAGAUGUUGCUAUUAGCAGCAGCAACGUUUCUGCUACAGCUAAAAUGCCAUUGCCAGAUGCAGAUGUCGGAGCAAUGAAUAAUCUUGGCAUAUCUGUUGAAAAUCGUCACAAGGCAGCAAUGAAGCCUGUUUUGCAAUACCAUCUGGGUCAAAGAAACGUCAUAAUUGGUACAAACAGUACAGCAUCGAUUACUCCUCGACCGACAGAUAGUCACCUGAAUCGUAUUGUGUCUGAUAACCAAGAGAAAGCUCCAUGGCAGAAAUGGCAGAAAGAUGAGAUAUCGGGAGAAACGCUACAGUGGAAGUUAGAAUCGGGAGCAAACCGCAAAUGCACUGAUCAGGAGAUUGUGAUUGUAGCUCGUACUUGUGCUGCGCGUUGGCAGGAGCUUGUUUGUGUCCUCCAACCCUCGGUUUUCUCAACGUCAGAGAUAGCGGCGAUACAAGGAGAAUACAGGCAGCUGUUCUUGCAAGCACGAGUUGCAUUGGAAAAAUGGACUAACGCACUAUGUGACAAAGCCAUACGACAAUCACUGAUUAAGGCAAUGUGUCGAGUUGGGCUUAGAGCACAAGCCAGCCAGGCAUUUGGUCACGAGUUGGUAAAUUAUGUUAGCCGUUAUUGCUGAUUUGUCAGUAUGCAAGGAAGCAGCAGGAUUGAGGUGUAUGCAUUGUUUUUUUAUUUGAAGACUUUGGGGGUUGGCUUGAAAGACUUUACUGUUGCUGCUUGACUUGUACUACCACAGAUAAGCCACUUGUGAGUUGCCUAUUCAACCCACGUAUCAUA